GGUGUAACUCCUUUAUUUACGACGGUUUGUGACAAAAUCCAAUUUUGGAACGAAAUUCUCCUUGCCUGGCGGAAAAGUUGAAUAAGUUUGAAGAUGAAGUUGUGUGUAUGCGUUGCUCUGUUGGCGGUGGUACCUGCUGUUUUUGGUGACAGCUGGUCAUACCAAACCCAAGAUACCUGGCAUCUCCUUCCGGGUAACCAGUGCAAUGGUAACUCCCAGUCGCCCAUCAAUAUCAUCUCCAGCAUCGCCAUCACAACUGAUCUCGGUCCCUUCGUGCUCGAUGGCUAUACCGACGAAAAUACUAACAUGGAUCUGGUAAACAACGGGCGUGGAGUAGCCAUCCAAUUGCAUGAAGAAGUGGAGGACUUAUACAAGCUCUCUGGGGGCGGUCUCCCUACUACCUACACAGCUGUCCAGUUCCAUUUCCACUGGGGGUCUAUCAACUCACAAGGCUCAGAACAUCUAAUUGACGGAACCUCCUACCCCGCUGAGAUGCACAUGAUUCACUAUGACAAAUCCAAAUACGCCAAUGGCCCCGCAGCUUUGGCCAGCUCGCAAUGGGAUGCAGUCACCCUACUGGUUGUGAUGAUUGAGGUUGGCGAAUCUAACACUGCUUUCGAUCCCUUCCUAAGUUACAUCAGCCAGAUCGCCAAUUACUCCUCGGGCAACACCUCCCUUGGCCAGGGCAACCUCCCAUCGUUCCCAAUCCGCAACGUCUUGCCAACUGACCUAUCCAAGUUCUACCGUUACAAUGGUUCCAAGGCGUUGCCCAACUGCGACGAGUCCAUCAUCUAUAACAUCUUUAAAGACCCGAUCUCUAUCUCCCAGGCUCAGCUUGACAUGUUCCGCACCCUGUACGGCGAUAAGUUGAACGCACAAGGCAAUUACAAAAUUGUCGACAAUUACCGUUACAUCCAACCUCUGAAUGGCCGCAAAAUCUACUACAGCAGUCAUGUGCAGUUACCAUCUCACCAGUGAGGGCACUGUUUAUCAUGGCACUUGCACUUAGUAUGUUUCUCAAUCGCUUUUAGAUUAAAAAAGA